AUGUCUGCCAUGGAAAAUGUCCCAUUGACGAUCAGCUAUUUUGUGCUGGUGUUUAUCGGCAUCACUGGAAAUUCACUUGUAGUUUCAGCUGUAUUAAAAAAUCGAAAUAUGCGAUCGACAACGAAUAUUCUACUGGCGUUUGUGUCGGCUGCAGAUUUAAUCUCGCUAAUUUGCUUCAUUCCGUUUGCCAUUCUUCUGACUUUUAAACUUCCAGGAGGAACACUGGGCGCCGUGUUGUGCCGAACGUUUGCGACAGCUAACACAUCCAACGCGACAAUCGUGGUAUCUAUCACCACUCUGACACUGUUGGCUGUCCAGCGAUUUCGCGCGCUCUUGAAACCCUGGAACAGCCGGCUGCGUUUAACAAAAGACAGCGUUUUCUACUGGAUCUUUGGAAUUUCACUUUACUCCUUUAUUCUUGUCAUCCCUCUCUUCUCAUUUAUGGAGUUCGAUGAAAAAGAAAGAACAUGCUCUGAUUUCAGAGAAAUCAAGACUGAAAGACGCAUAUACUACUCAUUGCUUGGUUGUGGAGUGGCUUUGGCUCUUUUUGUGAUUUGCUUUUGUUACUGGCGAAUUAUCCGGGGAUUCUACUUUGGGAGCCAGCGACUAUGCGUUAAUGAAGAAUUACAGCAGAAAAGAAAGGUCGUAAAGUUACUGCUUGUGAUAACUUUGGCUUUCAUGAUCUGUUUUACACCUCGCGCAGUCUAUUUUCUUUUCUUUUAUUCCAACAGAGGCCCUUUUAAUCAAAUUUCUUUCUUUCUGAUACAUUGCAACUCAGCCACGAAUCCGAUUAUUCUCUGGUUUCAAAGUCAAAAUUUUCGAGCAGAAUUCAAAAAUAUGGUAACGAAAUCAACUGCAAAAUCAAGAGGCUGA